GCCAGAUUAGCCGUCGCUUGUGUUUUCCAUCCGACAUCGUUCGUUCUACCGCAUACGCGCUGCGCAGGUCGCACCUGUGUAAGUUUAGCGCCCUCACGGCAGGGCUCGCAAGGGAGGAAGAAGACGAAGACGACGACGAAGAAGAAGAGGGGGAAGAAGAGAGUGAGGGGGCUUUAUGUGGUAUCGCCUGCCGGGAUUUUGCUGUCCGUUUCCGCUUCUUUGCACAGUGUCGUAGGGUAUCUUCCAGAGCGGUGAAACGAUGCCAAUGCUCGUGCGAUUCAGCGGGCACCCAUCUCCCCGAGCUCUGAGACGAGAGCGCCUAAGUGGACUUGAGCCUAGUUAAGGAUUCUCUAGCUUUUUGUCUUCUUGAUUGUUUUCCGUACACACGAAAGUACGAAGAGGACCAAUGAAAGACGAAUGUGAGCUGAUACUGCACAUCAUGGAAGCAUGGAUGCUCCAGGGGUGCACACUUUGAGCAUUGCUCGUCUCCGAGGUUGUGAAAUGAUCAGGUAACCCCUCCUGCACAAUUGAUCAUUAGAUUUCAGAUACAGCAGUCUCAACAAUCCUUGAAUCGGCUAGUGCCUUAGAAGUAUGACAAUCAAGUACAGAAGGCAGGCUACAGCUACGAGAUCCACGAGAACUCAGACCCACACAUGGGCCCAGGGGGAUAGAUUGGCAGAUGACGGGGAUGUUGAUGUCUUUGAUGAUGAGUGCAAAGAAACAUUUAUAACUAAGAGUGACGUAUCUCUGGCCACGGUCGCUACAUCUGGAGCGCGUAGGCAAAGCGUUUCGGGUAGCUCGGUUGUAAAAAAUAUGGUUGCAGAAACUUCGGACAGGGGUGAAAAAAUUGCGAGACAAUUCACCUUAGGUAUCUUAACUAAGUUCUCGCAACUCCGCCAGAAAUUGCAACGAGACCAUUGGGAUAUGAUUACAUCAACGAACACCACGAAAUUUGCUGUGAUAGCAGGGUCCAAGAUGCUGGAGCUCAAAUGGUACCACGACUUCAAUGACGUGGGUCAUGUUCCCGGCGUACGAGUCGGUGACUGGUACUCGUAUACAUACGAGCUUCUUCUAAUUGGCUUGCAUAGACAUCUCCGAGGCAACAUAUGCCACCUUUCCUCUACUUCAGAACUGUCGAAAACCAAGUACAAGAAUCUAAGCGUUGUAUGCAGCAUUGUUAUUGGCGAAAACGACCAUGUGUCUGGCGAUUCACUCCUUUUCAUCGGUCAAGGCGGAAAACAGAAGCAGUCGAGGGCAGAAACUGGUAACCUUGCCAUGAUGAAUUCGUGCAACUUGUCCCUGCCUGUGCGAGUCAUAAGACGGGAGAAAGAUAUGGGCAGCACCACUGGCCAGAGACUUACUUAUUAUGGGCUGUACAAAGUGCUGAAAUUUAUUCUAGAUACAGGCAUCCAUGGCCAUUCUGUAUACAAGUUUUUCCUUCAGAGAGAGGGGGGGCAACCGAGCUUGGAGUCUUUCUUACCGAAGCCAUUUACUAAGCCAGAUCCUUCAUCUUCUCCUGGCGUAUUGUUGACACCUGAUAUUUCCGAGGGUGUGGAGCAGACUCCAGUUCGUGUUGUGAAUGGAGUGGACGUCAACGCUCCGGAUACUUUCCAUUACAUCACCACUGUUGUCUAUCCACACAGGGACGUCCCGGUUCAAAUCCAGGCCUGUGAAUGCCACUUUGGCUGCGAGGAUGGCAUUUGCCCUUGUGUGAAGAAAAACAGUGGUGGUGUGCUGGCUUACAACGAUGAUGGUCACCUCAUUCGAGUGCGCAACAUUGUGUAUGAGUGUGGGAGUUUUUGCAACUGCAGCCAUGCCGCUUGCCGAAAUAGAGUGAGCCAAAAGGGGUUAAAAUGGCACUUGGAAAUAUUCAGGACGAUGUCAAAGGGGUGGGGUGUUCGCACUUUAGAGUUCAUCCCCUCCGGCAGCUUUUUGUGUGAACUUACUGGGGAGCUACUCACAGCAACCGCUGCAGCUGAUAGAGAAAACGAUGAAUAUCUCUUCAACCUUGACUUUCAUAAAAAUGCUCGGGGACGCGGUAAACCUUCAAAGUCAAAGCGACAGGCUUUGGUUGAGGAGCUAUCGGCGCACUAUGUAAUUGAUUGUAGAUUAAGUGGGAAUGUUGCGAGGUUCAUCAAUCACAGCUGUAACCCGAAUCUAUUUGUGCAAGGCGUACUUCACGACCAUGGUGACUUGAAUCGAGGCCACAUUAUGCUGUUUGCAGGGGAAGACAUAGCUGCUGGAACCGAGCUUGCUUAUGAUUAUGGUUACGAGCUGAAUUCUGUUCGUGACAUCCAUGGGAAUGUGGUUGCAAAGCAGUGCCUUUGUGGCGUAAGUAUAUGCAGGAAAAGGAUGUAUUGACCUCAGAGCUUUUCAAAUGCCUCGAUCCCUUGUACAUUAGGUCGAUGUUUGUGGAUACGGCAGUUUCAUUCUGGAGUCCUGAACUUGGGCAUGAGCAAUUCUUUGGUUUACAACAGCCUUGGACUCUGAUGUAUAUCCCUCACUGUCUGGGUUAAGAUUAUUUAGAUUGAAGGAUCAGAAAUAUACUACGGAAACAGGUGCUCCAUCAACCAACAAGUUCGAAGAAUGGAAAUCCCGUAGUGCUAAAAAUUCUUCUUUUUUUAAAUCGGGGCUAGAUCACUUUAGAAUUUGUUAACUCUAGCUCAAAACUUUUGAAACCUAGGUUCAAAACCCUCGCCUUUGGCAUGGAUCGCUCAUGUCAACUGCAUGGCACGUUUUAGUCCAAGCUUCUUUGAUGAGGUUUUACGGAACUCAGGUCCAAUUGAUUAUAAACUCACAGGUUACUAACACCAGGUACGCUAGAUUGUAACGGUUGAAUCCACAACUGUUGGGAACCCUAAAAUCGUUUCUCGCUUAGGGGAGUAGUGGUUUUCAACAGCUGUACUUCCACAACCCACAAUCAAUAACAUUCUUCUUUCACUCCUU